GCAGCAGGGACCAGCACACACAGUUAAGUUCCGGAUGGGACCACGGUUUCGUUUUUAAGAGCAGAGCACUGCGGCAUAACUUCCCCUUUGUGUGCUUUGUGCUGCCCUGCAUGGGACACCUCCAAGCCUGGGCUCAGCCCUCACCCCCAGAAAUUGCAUCCUUACUGCUGGGACGAGGUCUUGAAAGAGCUUCUGGAGAGUUACUGAAGGAGAGAAUAUUUACCAGGAGUGAUUAAAGACAAUGGAUCCAGACUUUUUAAAUGCAUUUACACAGCCUUCUACACUUGAUCGAUUCCUAACUGAAGAUGUCAUUGCUAAAGGUGAGAAGAGGAAACUCAUAAAACCAACCUCAAGCAACAACCCCAAACUGGAAGAAUUGAAACUGUUCUUGAUUGAAUGGAUCAACAGAACUCUGAAAGAGGAACACAUAGUAGUUAAAAGUCUAGAAGAAGAUCUGUAUGAUGGGCUGGUACUUCAUCAUCUCCUGGGAUCUCUCCAGCUGGAUGUUGACAAGAUUGCAUUAACAGAAAAAAAACAGCGAAAGAAACUCUCAGUGAUUCUGGAAGUUGUGGCCAAGUGUUUGCAAUUGGAAGAAAGUCAGCUGAAAUGGAGUGUGGAAUCUAUCUUGGCAAAGGACUUACUGAGCACACUGCAUCUUCUUGUUGCAAUAGCAAAGCACUUUGAACCCACCCUGGCUCUGCCUCCAAAUGUUCAAGUGGAGACAAUCACCAUCGAGUCCAUCUCUGGAGGAUUAAAGACAUCAAAUGCGGUGGAAUAUAUCACAGAAAACAAAGAGAAUAUAGAAGCUCAGUCAAAAGAUGAUGCCUUUGAUGAAUUAUUUAGCUGUGAUCCAGAUAAACUGGAUGCUGUAAAAAAGGCACUUUUGGAAUUUGUUGACCAGCAUGUUGGAAAAUUAGGAUUAAAUGUGAAAGACAUAGAAACUAAGUUUUCAGAUGGGGUUGUCUUACUUCUCCUAAUUGGACAACUAGAGGGCUACUUUCUGAAUUUAAGGAAUUUCUUCCUGACUCCGGCCAGCACCAUGGAAAUGCUCCACAAUGUUAACCUGGCACUGGAGUUGCUAGCAGAGGGAGGCCUUCUGAAUUUUCCUGUGAACUCUGAAGAUAUUGUGAACGGAGAUACGAAGGCUAUAAUGCGAGUUCUGUAUUGCUUGUAUUCCAAAUACAGAACCAAAGAAGCAUGAAGAACAAGGCCAAGAGCUUGAGCUGCCCUUUAUUUUUUUUUUUUUUUUUUUUUUGUGGUUUUUUUUUGUUUGGUUUUUUUUUUUUUUUUUUUUUGUUUUUUUGUUUUUUUUGUUGUUUUUUUUUUGUUUUUUUGGUUUGGUUUGGUUUGGUUUAGUUUUUUUUUUAUUUUGUUUUGUUUUGUCCCUUGCAGUCCAUGGUAUGGUUUUUGGAUUCCCAGCUCUGUUUGCCACUGUUUCUGGGCAUGCACUGGUGUUUGACACUUGCUGUGUUAACACUGUAUAGCAAAUAUGUUGUUCAUGCAAGGUUUCACAUACACAGCCUGAGCAACUGUAAAUGUGUUUCCACAGCUGGUGUUAUUAUAGGGCUGUAGCUCUUCUUCUAGAUCCUGCCUUCUGUAUUCUCUGAGCCCUCCCAAUGCUGCAAAGAAAUUAAAUGUGUGUUUUUUCUGGGCCCUGUAUUCUUUGCUCCUGAAGGUGACUUUGAAAGUUGUUGCAUCCCUCCCCAUUUUCCUGCUUCAGGAAGUCAUUUGGAAAACUAGAGAUGAGAAAGACCCACCAGAGAGGGAGGGCUGAGACACACCUCAAGUUCAAAACCUGUUUCAGAGGGGUGGUCAGUGCUGUCAGACAAGACGAUAUGGAUGGGAUGCCAAAUGAAUAGAUAGCAAAAAUGAAAUGUGAACUUACCAAGUGUUUUAUAAAUGUUUCAGUGCUCAUUUGCUUGAAUGUGGAAAAGGCACUCAGCACAAUAUGCUGGUGUGAAACUGCAGGAACAGGGGGUUCUGCUGCACAGCUGUAGAAGGAUGCCCUUAUUUCCUUGCUAAGCCAGUGCCAAAUCACGUUCAGCUCCAAUUGCAGCCCUGACACCAACUCUAGCUAGUAGGGAUGCCAAUCCCUGUCUAGCAUGCUUUGAGAGGGAGUCACAUCUGCACUUUAUCUGCAGUAAAAGGCGGGCAGAUGCUGGCUGAGCUCUGCAGCUGGUGGUGAUAGAGGCCACUACGGGUGGGAGCAGUGAAUUCAGCUUCACAGUGCCUCUGACAGCUGAGUCAUCUCAAACUCGUCAGGCUCUUCUAGGUGAAUUUGUCCAGCAGUUUCCUCUGGGUGCAUCAAGGUAGCCACAAUUUAUUAAUCAUCACCCUCGGUCUUUCUUGGGGGAUUUAAAUCAGAACUCCUUUCAAAACCUCCAUGUAUUCUCUUGACCUUAAAUUUAUGUCAUGUUGUAUAAAACUAGAGAUAUAAUUAGAAAAAAAAAAGUUUCACUAUUUUUUUUCACUUCCAUCUAAACUGAAUAAAUUUCCUGCCAUGGGUCACUCUGA